AUUUAGCUGUACCUGUGUAGUUUACCAGGUAUGAGGAUUAAACGCGACACCUGUAUUGAUCUACCAUCCAGUUGACACGGUCGGUACCAUGUGACACAGGUAAACAGUACCUGGCCAGGUAGACGACGCUGUACAGGUGUGAGAUCAUAACGUAUGGCCUUGUGGGUAUAGUCCACACACUGGCUAGCGUACCUUCUGAUCAACACCAGGACAAACAUGUGAUAUGGACAAAGAUGUAUGUGUUUAGUGUAGUACUGUGUGUGUGCAGUAUUGAGGAUAUCUACCUGGGCUGUAAUAGUAUCUGUGUUCUACCUGUGCUGGAUGGAAAGUGUUGACAAUAACUUGUCACAUCACAGAGCGUGACAAUGGGCAACAAGUCUUCCUCCAGGAAAGAUGGAGAACAGUAUGGGGAGACACGGGCAAGGAGUCGCUCUUUCAAUGGCCUCACUUCAAGAUUUCGGCGCAACAAAUCCCCCCAAAGGGAAAGAAGUUCAUCUUUCUCUGAGCCCCGACCAAAGCGAGGCAGCUUCAGGUCCAAUGGUUAUAUCAAAUCGGGUCAGAACAGCCAGAUGAAAGGAACGCCUGAUGCAGAUCACAUAGUCAGUAUACAAAGUGGCAAAAUGAAAACAUCGGAAUCAGAGUCAAAGAUUUUGUCGUCAUCAGCACCAUCUCGUGCACAUCAUUUCCCUUCUAGUCACAGCGCAGGUUCAAUCACUUAUAUAGAAAGUAAGGAUCGAGACACCUUGGGACGUGACACAAUACGCAGGUCACUCACACGCAAAGAUAGCACAGAAUCACCACGUCUUUCUGCACGUAACAUGCGUAAUGUGUCGCAUGCGCUGUAUGGGGAGAAAUUGGAGGAUAUUUCUAAGCGGCGUGGUCUUGCCGUAAUGAAUCGUGAUCUCUCCCUUUCCCAGGCAAGUUUGUCUAAAAUGUCCAUCAUGUCACAGUCAAUGCAUAGUCUGACCUCUAACAAUGACCUUGACUUUGAUCUCAACAGUGACAAAGGAAAAAAUAAUGUGGAGUAUUCUCAGAUCUGUGUACGACAGCGUGUUGCCCCACUACAUAUGGAUCUCAGUAACGAGUAUUUCCGUCCUAGAACCAGCUCUGCACCUGCUAUUGACCUUGUCAAACCAAAAAUAACCCCUCCAAGGUCAGUUGCCAUGGGAACUAGUGUGCAGAUGAGAAGAACUUCACAUCAGAUUAAUUCAGACAAGAGAAAAGGGCAGGAAAUGAAACGUCGGUCACUUGAGGUAGAUGACCGUAAACGUCGGUCACUGGAGUUUGAUAUUAGUUCUAGGAGAUAUGAAAUUCUUGAUAACCGUAAGAGGUCACCAGAAGAGGUUGUGCAAGCCAGGAGAAUGUUGGUAUUCCGUGCCCUCAAAGAUGAAAAUGAGUUGAUCUAUUCCACUCCUGCUGAACUACGAUCAGUGUCGCCAUCACAGAGUGAACAUUCCCUGGCUUCUUACACCAGGGCAGUGUCGCCUGUGAACAGGUCUACUUCUCCUAGCAACAGGUCUGUAUCACCUGGUUACCGCUCUCUGUCUCCUAGAAAUAGAGCAUCUUCACCCGAGUGUGGACAAUUUACACCAAGAUCUAAAUCACCAGCUGUUGAGUAUGCCCAGAUACAGCGCAGAAAUUCUAGUCCCCAUAGUCACAGUCCUGUCAAAGACACAGGUCAAGGGUCAACGGAGAAGUGCAUUAAUAAGACACCACCAUCAAAGGUUCCAAACGCUAAGAGAGUACUGCCUAACAUCGACGAGUAUAAAAUUCUUGGGAAUAGAGCUGCAAGUCGUGAACGUUGGGGGUCAUAUGAAAGUUUGACCAUGAGGUCACGAAAGGAUGAUGAUUUAACUGAUGAUGAAAAUGUUGGAAUGCGUGAAAGAAGUUUAAGUGUUUCUCUUUCACCAAGAGGCUUUGCACAAAAUGCAAGUAGUCAGGAGUCUUCAUCCGUGUCACCAAGGAAUUCUGAUUGUCUGUUGUCAAAUUCCCGUAGUAACAGUUGGUCUGUGAUCCGUGAGUGUCAGGCACAUACCCCAACAAAAGGAACUAUGUCGGUGAAUCAACAGGCACCGAUCCACCGUCUGUGGAGCUACAGUGUCUCGUCCCUCGCAGAUAUAUCCCUGGAUUUAGCCCCUCAGGCACAGAGCCGUUACCUGGAUGACACGAGGAACCACAAGGAGGAGUGUGACCUUGAUGUGAUCCGGGAGCUGAAUAUGGAUGGACACAGCAUGGACAUAUGUCCUGUAUGCCACAUGCCAUUUGAUAAAGGCAGGAAGCGAAGGCUGGUGGAGGCGUGUGGACAUGAGUUCUGCUUUGCCUGUCUGGUCACCUAUGAAAGAUGUCCCAUGUGUGAUAACAAAUCUCGUCUUCAGCAGCAGCCUGUGGUGCCACCAAAACCCCGAUAUUUCAGACCUCUGACCUCUCCAACAUCUCCUGCAAGACCAUCACCACCCCCUCCACCGCCACGAAACUACAUGGCAGAGCCAAGUUACCAGUGCCGUACCAGCAGCCCUGUUAUUGGCUCCCAAAGCCUCAGACAAAACACUACUGCUACGACAACCAAAGACAGUCUUGAUGAGUUGUCAAGGUUAGACAAUGAGGGUCCAUCAUUGGAGCCUGGAAACAGCCUUAGUCCAGUAGGCCAGACAAGCCCUCCACCGCCAGCACCAGAUGUCGCCCAGAAUGACCUCAUCACACGUCUGGGGCUGCUGCUAGGCGAUCGUUCAGACACAAUGUCCCCAAACUCCCAGAUGGUAAACCAGAGUGAGGAGACUUUCACCAGUGUGUCAUCCCUAGGUAGUGGUGAGGCGACUCCUGAGCAUGGCAUCUCUGACACCAGUCCUAUGUCAACUCUCACAGCAUCGUCCAGCAGCGAGCGGGGACUGUCAGGUAUACACAUGGGGUGUGGCUCACUGUUUCCUAGUCGUGACCACAGUUCUGAGAGCAUGACCUCACUGAUGAGCACAAGCACCAGUCCGCACAGCACAGCACAGCGCCCUCACUCCAUCACAACAUCAACACCUGGCCAGAUAGAGGAUCUUGGACUGUUCAAUAAAGGUCGUUCUUCAUUCCGCCGGUCAGCUCGGGCCACCAUUGGUCACUCCGACAGUAGAGUGAGGAUCACGCCCAUCAAACCACCACAGGUCCAUCUCACUCCACUAGAAAUGGAGGUCCCUCACACUGACAGCAAGACAGACUUUGUUGGAAGGGAAUGGCUCUUCAAUGAACUUGAAAUGAUUCUACACAGUGAGGUUGGGAAGGAUACACGAGGAGUGGUGAUCACUGGAGGCAUAGGGGCUGGAAAGACCACUCUCAUUGAGCAACUCGUACACUUCAGCUGUUUCCAUGAUGGCUCUUCUAGCGGCCUUGUGGAAGGUAUGGGUCAUCGCAUGAGUCGAGACAAAGCAUUCCACAACGGUGUUAACUACAGCCCGACCUCCACACUCAACCAUAUGACACCGCAGUACCGCCCCAGUUCUGACCUCAGUCUCAAUUACAACUCCCUCCGUAACUUAGCUUCCGAGGUUGUAGGUUUCCAUUUCUGUCAGGCAGAUAACAAUACCACCUGUCUGGUGCCUGAGUUUAUCCACAGCCUGGCAGCGCGCAUGUCCCAUGCCCCACAGCUGUCUGCAUAUCGGGAAAUGUUACUUCAAGACCCGCAGUUGCAGCAUGUACUCAGCCUGAAGGAGUGUGUACAGAAUCCAUCUACAGCCUUCAUCAAGGGUAUCAUUGAACCCCUCAUCUCUCUCAAGGAUGCAGGACGCCUAGCGUCCGGAUGUUGUCUUAUUCUCAUAGACUCUUUGAACGAGGCCGAGUUCCACAAACCAGAUUAUGGAGACACAAUUGCAUCAUUCCUUGUGCGUUACGCAGAAGAGUUUCCCUUGUGGCUAAAGCUGGUGAUUACAGUUCAGAGUGUUCUCCAGGACAUCACACGGUCCCUGCCGUAUUACCACGUGAGUAUUGACCGUGGUCAGUAUGAGGAAGCCAUUGCACGGGACAUACAAGAUUACAUCAACCAUAGGAUAGAGACGUGUGCUAGUAUCAAAAACAAUAUCGCUCUCAACGGAAAGCUGGAGUUAUCAACGCAAGUCAAAUUCUGCAAUCAUUUACAGAUGUUGAGUAAAGGCUCCUACCUGUACACCAAGUUAACCCUGGACUUGAUAGAAAAAGGCAGUGUGGUAUUGAAGAGUACAAACUACAAGAUCUUACCCAUGAAUAUAUCUGAAGUUUAUUUAUUACAUUUUAAUCUGAAAUUCCCGAGUGUGCGGUCGUUUGAGAAAGUGUCGCCCAUUUUGGGUGUGUGUCUUGCCACGCUGUAUCCUCUCACUGCCACAGAGAUUUUCGAGACCGUGAAUUCUGGAUACACAGAUCACUUCCUGUCGUGGCAGGACUUUCAGAACCGACUGGACGUGUUGUCAGGAUUUAUGUACCAGAGGAAGGAUAGCUCCUACGUGUUUGUUCACCCAGCGUUCAGGGAGUGGUUAAUUCGUAGAGAUGAUGCUGAUAACCCAAAGUUUCUCUGCGAUCUACGACAAGGGCAUGCCCUCAUGGCGUUUAAGCUGUCACGGUUGAGUGCCCCCCUCAAUGAAGACAGGACGAUCGAGUUGGGUCACCACAUACUAAAGGCCCACAUCUACAAGAACAUCAGUAAACAGCGUGGCUACUCCUCACGGGACAUGCAGGCCUAUUGGAUGUCACUUAGCUCAGACAGUCUGAACACUGCACUUGUGUCAUACAGAAACCUGUACUCUCCUAAUGUCAAGGUGAGUCGGUUGAUAUUGCUGUCUGGUGCCAAUCCUAACUCGCGUACCCAAUACCAGAGUGCAGCCCCCGUGUUGUGUGUGGCAGCCCAGGAGGGAUUCUCAGACAUGGUUGCUCUCCUGUUGGAGUUCCAUGCCAAUGUUGACGCCGUGUCCGAGACUGGAAUGUCAGCGUUGUGUUACGCUGCAGCUUCAGGGCAGAGGGACAUCAUGAGGAUGCUGUGUCUCCAUAAUGCCAGGUUGUCCCAUGUAGACAACAACGGUCAGUGUCCAGCAGUCCACGCAGCCAUGCACGGUCACCUGGAGGCCCUAGAGUACCUGCUGCAAUGUGAUUGGUCAUCAUAUGAUGGACAGUUGACGAAGGUUGAGGCCAUGCAGCAAGCCCUUGUGGCAGCCUCAGCCCUUGGCCACAUAAACAUUUGUGACUACCUACUACACUCAAGUGUUCACAGUUAUGAAGGGUUCGGUCUGAACAGUGUUGACACACUUUUAGGAGAAACACCCCUGACAGCUGCUUGCGGUCAUGGCCAACAGGCCUUGGUGCAGUACCUGCUGGAAAAAGGGGCAACACCUCAUCUGCCAAACAACAAGUCCUUCUCACCAUUACUGUGCAGCGUGGACGCGGGACACUGGGACCUUGUUGAGACUCUGAUGGCUGCCGGUGCAGUCCUGGAACACACAGACAAGUACGGUCGCACACCCCUCAUGAUCGCCGCCUACAAGGGACACAUAGGCGUGCUGGAAAUGUUGCUGAGCAAAGGCUGCUCCUUUCACCAGGUGGACAAAGAGGGCCUAACAUCACUGUGCUGGGGUUGUCUGAAAGGCCACCUUCACAUCAUAUCGACGCUGCUGGAUCGAGGUUCAAAUCUUCAUCACACAGACAGGUGUGGACGCACACCUCUACAGCUGGCUUCCUUCCAUGGUGAUGCUCAGGUUGUUCAGGCUCUUAUAGACCGUGGAGCUCCGAUAGAGCAUGCUGACCUCAAUGGUAUGCGAGCUCUUGAUCGUGCAAUUGACCGCAGGAACACAUCCGUGGUGGUCUGCUUCCUAAAGAAAGGCGCCAAACUAGGUCAAACCACAUGGGCAGUAGCGUCAGGUAAGCCAGACAUGAUGCUCCUUUUACUCAACAAACUCAUGGAGGAUGGCAACGUGCUUUACAAGAAAAACCGCAUCAGGGAUGCUGCCCAGCGCUACCAUUAUGCCAUCAAGAAGUUCCCCCGGGAGGACAUCGGGGAGGAUAUACGUACUUUUAAGGACCUCAAACUCAACCUGCUUCUCAACCUCUCCCGGUGUAAACGCAAACUCAAUGAGUGUGAUUCUGCUAUAGACCUGGCUUCUAAGGCAUUGGAGCUGAAGCCAAAAUGUUUUGAGGCAUAUUAUGCACGGGCGCGAGCCAAACGCGACAAUCGACAGUGUAACUUAGCUCUGGAGGACCUGAAGGAAGCCACUCGCCUGGCCCCCAACAAUCGUGACCUGCAGAGGCUGCUGAUGAGGGUGAGGGAUGAGUGCCGGGAACAGGCAAGAUUUGAAGGUACAGGAGGCAGUGGUAGUCAGCAGAGCCUCUCUGACAUGGGUGUGCUUGGUUCAGGGCGGAGACACGAGGAAACAGCACUUUAAGGGACCAGUGUCGUGAUGGAGGAAAUAGUGGUGCUUUUUUAAUACAGACAGGAUCUAGUGCUAAAAACUUCAAAAUGUUUCAUAUUUGUUGAUGAAGAAGUGAAAUACGAACAAAACUCCACAUUGUAUUUUCAUUAUUGAACUGGUUGUGACUAUGUAUGUAUUUAUGUCACAGUAGGGGAAAUGGCACAUGAAUGCAAUUUUUUCAACUGUUUUUAUGUAAAGCAAAUUUUCUGUGAAAAUUUUAUCUCUGGAUUUUAAGAUGGAAAAUAUUUUUCUAGGCUGAUAUGGAACAGUUUUAUGAGAUACAAGAAUAAUUAUUCAAUACCUAAACAGCUUAACCCUGUAAUUUACAGGGUUUGGUAUGGUGCUUGACCUAAACAGCUUUACCCUGUAAUUUACUGGGAUUGGUAUGGUGCUGUAGCCGUAAAGUAUUGUGCUGUUUGGAUCCAUCCCAUAAUGUAAUGAAGAGAUUAAACUGGUUUUUGCAGUAUCAGUGUAAAAAUUUGUUUUUGAGCAUCACCUUACAGAUUAUUAGUAUUUAUAUUACUGUAUAGUGGUUAUAUGGACUGUAUACUGUACUGUGUAUGGUUAUAUUUACUAUAUAGGGCUUACAAGUAUAUUUACUGUAUAGUACUUGUUUUUACUGUAUAAAACAGUUUUGAGAUCACACGAUGUUACAUGGUGUGCAACGUCUAAACGAUGUGUGCACUAUGUACAAACAAUAGCAUACUGGCGAUAAAAGCUAGCGAACAUCUAGUUGCACGUUGACAAAUAAAACAAAGUGUGAUAGCAAUCAUGGUUAAUGUAAAUUUAGGAAUGGCCUAUAAAUGAAUAUUAUUUUAUUUUUUAAACUUUUAUAAUCCUGAUUUGUUUUAGAAUGUUGCCAUAUUUUAGCUAGAUCUAUAAGCUUAUUGAUUAAUAUUUUUAAAUUUAGAAAUGCUUUUUAAAAAAAUUGUAUCCCCCUUAAUUUUAGCCGUCAUGCGGAGUGGGCGUCUGUCUGUCUGUAGGUGUGUGGGUUGUACUUAUUCACAUAAUAACAGCUGAUGUGAGGAACCUUACUGAUGUCAGGCUUGGUCUGCCAGUGGUCAUGGUCACCAUUGCUUACAAUUCUGCUUAAUUUGAAUUGUUUGAAUGGUAACUUUGAAAAUGAAUGAUCAUACAAAGUUCCAAUUUGGUGUGUGUGUACAAAUUUUCAGCCCUUCUCGAACACAAAUCUCUGAUGGGUCGAUAGCAAAUCCUGGGCUUGAUAUUUUCGGGUGGUUAUACUGCCCUGGGUGGCUCUGUCAUUUCUUUUGAGAUGGUCCCAUACACAUACACAGACAAAGUCUUGUUACCCAGGGUGCCUCACUCUGCAAGGUGUAAAAAUGUCACAUGUUGGCCAUAGAGAAGGAAACAAAUAGAAUUAACAUACAUGUAGGGUCUAGUUUUAAUGUCACGUCACUGAUCAACUCUCAGACAGAUCUGAGUACCGAUACCACUGAUCAACUCUCCGACAGAUCUGAGUACCGAUACCACUGAUCAACUCUCAGACAGAUCUGAGUACCGAUACCACUGAUCAACUCUCAGACAGGUCUGAGUACCGAUACCACUGAUCAACUCUCAGACGGAUCUGAGUACCGAUACCACUGAUCAACUCUCAGACAGAUCGGAGUACCGAUACCACUGAUCCACUCUCAGACAGAUCGGAGUACCGAUACCAUUGGGAACAGAUGGACAGACAUCUGUUGAUUUAUUAACACACCUUGAAGGUUGAAUGGUAAGAAAAGUAGGUCUACUUGGUACACCCCCAAAUUUCUUGCCAACUCAAAAACAUUUUAUCAACAUUUACUUGGAGAUAGAUUCAGUAUGCCAGUGCCUGUCGUAUCCAAUAUUAUUCAAUACAUAGCCAGACGAAACUCUCUGUCACUCAUCAAAAUUAUCUCUCUCUGAUCACCUGAGGGUCGAAACUCUCGGUCACUCAUCAAAAUUAUCUCUCUCUCUGAUCAAAUGAGGGUCGAAACUCUCUGUCACUCAUCAAAAUUAUCUCUCUCUGAUCACCUGAGGGUCGAAACUCUCUGUCACACAUCAAAAUUAUCUCCCUCUCUGAUCACCUGAGGGUCGCAACUCUCGGUCACUCAUCAACAUUAUCUCUCUCUGAUCACCUUAGGGUCGAAACUCUCCGUCACGCAUCAAAAUUAUCUCUCUCUGACCACCUGAGGGUCGAAACUCUCCGUCACACAUCAAAAUUAUCUCUCUCUCUGAUCACCUGAGGGUCAAAACUCUCCGUCACACAUCAAAAUUAUCUCUCCCUGAUCACCUGAGGGUCGAAACUCUCCGUCACUCAUCAAAAUUAUCUCUCUCUGAUCACCUGAGGGGCCGACCCAUACUCGACAGAUUUACAGUCAUUAUAGUGGUACAUGCAUUGUUAUAAUAAUA